AUGGUUUGGCCGUUUAAUUCAACAAAGCCUCCGCUUUCUUCAUCGCCUAACUCUUCGCAUUCAGAGACGCAGUCAACUUCAUUGCCUGAUUUAGCAGUGAUUGAUUCAGCAGUAUCUGACUUAAGUGACGCUUUGGGUUCUGGUAGAGAUAGUACAAAUAUGAUCAGUUUAGAUAGAUCUCCUAUAUUUGCGUUAGAUCAGUUGAAGCAAGCUGGCGUACCAUUUGAGAAACAGCUGUCGCCAUACUUACAGAUGGAUCCUACCGUUUUCCGGGAAUCUACUCCUCAAUGUAUUUUCAUGUAUAUUGUUCCUGGUGAAUCGAAAGGAGAAUUAGAAUUUGCAAUGGGACGGAUUGGAUGGGCUGUUUUGGGCGGCUAUGCAUUGGGCAGUGCGCCAACAAAUAAAAAUUAUGAGGAACUCGCACAAAUAAUGCAACCACUGAAUUAA